AUGGCUCCCAACGACAUUAUCGCCUCUCUGAAAGGCCGAACCCUUCACAUCCCCAACCUCCAGUCCGUCUUUCAGCAACACUCCUGGCCCUCCUCACCCGCCAACCCAUCCUACGCACACAUCGCACCCCUCGUCGACACCACGCUCCGCCAACUAUCAUCCUCCAACGCCUCCAUCGGAAAAAGACUCAACGAUAAUCUCGCCCUAUUCACCAGUCUAUGGUACCCCACCGCCCAAAAGGAGCAGUUGGAAGCACUCGCCCUGUUCACAGUGUGGCUAAUAUGCUGGGACGACGAGAUCGAUUCAGACGAGGGCUCCCAAUCAGAUAACUUUGAAAAGGCCCAGCAAUGGCGCCAACAAACGCUGGCGACUUUCAAAGCGGUCCUGAAUCUCAGCCAGGAAGAUACACUCCCCAGGGAACAAGAUGCAGUGAACAGCGUCCUGAUCGACUUUAGGAACCGAAUAUCCGGGGAGUUCUCACAAUCCCAGAGGAAGCAUGUGUUUCAGCAUGUAGAUUAUUACAUUUCUUGCUGCGCUAGAGAGCAAGAGUUUCGACUUGGGCGCCAAAUACCCGACUUUGAGACGUACAUGUCGUUCCGGGAGGGGACAGUCGCCUGCGCAAUGUUGUGCUCCUUUGUUGACUUUGCGCAGCAGAUACAUCUUCCGGGGGAGGUGGCCGCGUCUCCUGAGAGAAAAGUUCUUGAGAGGCAGGUUGCCAUUUUGUCGGGUCUGGUCAACGACUUGUUGUCGUUUAAGAAGGAGUUGAGGGAGGAGUGUGUGAUUAACGCUGUGGCAUCGUUGAUUACGAGUGGCUCUGGCAGGACGCUGGAUGAUGUUGUUGUCGAGAUUGUUCGGAAGAUGGAGGAUGCGGUUGAGGUUUUUGACGAGGCAGCUGGGAAGUUGUUGUGUCGUGUCGAUGGCGCAGCGCGGGAUCUUACACGAGAUUAUAUCAAUGGGUGUAGAAAGAUUGUGACGGGGUCAUUGGAGUUUACGUAG